GCGCACUCAUUCGAACAACGGCCCACAGAGAGAGGCAGAGCCACUUUCAGACUGCCCCUUCCAUCUGUUUUGCGGCUCCCGCCUUGCAACAGAACCCCUCCAACACCCGUCCGUGCCUCUUUGAAGUUCGGAGAGAUCGCUCAUUUGACGCAGACGGCAAUCCGCCUAUUUCCAUUUCUUACCGACCAACCUUACCCGACCCCGUAAGCCCCGACACUGUGUGACGGCUCCGCGCCCGGCAAUAGCUGCAGGCUGUUGGUCCUUGGUUGCGGCAGAGUGCGCACAGCGCAAAUCAGGAACCCUCCCUGCAACACCCAGGCCCGUCCUGAGCCAGGUGGCCCGCCUGCGCCCCUGGCAUUUCGCACCGAUUGGAAUGGGCCGUAAAGCUGCACCGCAGCCGCUCACGCUGGCGGAGACCACGCGGCCCAGCGACAACUCUCGUCUUGGUGAAACGGUCCCCCGUUCUGCGCGACUCCCUUCCGACCCUACGUCGCCCCGAUCUCCACGCUCCCCUUUCCGAUACGGCCAGAACAAGGUGGAAAUUGCUAGCAUUGGAGAGCCCCAACCGCUUGCCGAUGUCUUGCACCCGCCCCGACAGUCGCUAGAACACCAAGAGGAGCAGAGGCCGCGCCAGCGGAAUCCAGACGACGCCCGUGACCCGCCGCAGCCCUCGCCAAGAGACCAAGCUGCGGACCAACAACCACCGCUGGGCCACAGACACCCGCGGCGCGGCGACGACAAGGCGUCCAAAUCGGGCUUCUUUUUCAACUUUGGGAAGGGGGCGAAGUCGGAUCGUCCGAUUGUGCACCAACACUCCAAUUCCCGCGCCGAAGUCAUGUCGAGAGACUCGGACCGGCCGUCGCUCUCGAAACAAAGCACCAAGCAUUCAGAAUCGCCCCAUCCGGACCCCUCCGUCCAGAAAUCGAACACACCACUGCCUUCUCGAUCCGAAGUGUCGCUAGCCUCGACGGUAGACUACGAGAGCCCGGGUAAUUCGGUGUCGUCGAAGAGGUCUAAACCCAAGCCCUUCAACCUACUCAGCCGCACCCGGUCCACCAAGGACAAGGACCUCAAGGACAGCCCGAGCCCUAGAGAUCACGUUCCACCACUGGCGCUGGCGCCGGCCAAGGCCGCCGAAUCCGAGAGACCUUACGCUUCGUCCGCAGCUCCGAGGACAGCCCCGCUUCAAGCACGCGACCGGUCGUUUCGGGAGAUGAUGUCGGCAGUCAGGAACCAUUCAGCCGAGCGGUCGCAGACCAGGGACAUGGGCGGGAGAGGAAGAGGUCAAGAAACCCAGCAGAGGGACCAUGCUUCGGCGUAUGCCCCGACACCCGGAGGAGCUUUUUUCAGCAACCUCAAGCACAGUCGGGCGGCAGGCAUGCUCAGCAACCGCUUCUUUGGCUCAAGGCAUGAGCUGCCGGUGGUCAAAGAACCGGCGGUGGACGACGAGCACUACGUUCUCAGGGUCAUCAACCUACCACUUGUUGAACAAACGCGCCUCACUAGGAUCUCCAAGAGGCUGGAGGAUUCUCGGGACAAGACCGAAUUUUGGAUGCCCGCAUUCCCCUGGAGGGCGAUAGACUACCUGAACUAUAAGGGCAGUGAGGUCGAGGGCCUAUACCGGGUUCCGGGCAGCGGGCCGCAGAUCAAAAAGUGGCAACGGAAAUUUGAUGAGGAGUUGGAUGUGGAUCUCUUUGAAGAACAAGACCUUUACGACAUCAACAUCGUCGGGUCCAUGCUGAAGGCGUGGCUGCGGGAGCUCCCCGACGAGUUGUUCCCUAAGGAGGCUCAAGACAGGAUUGCAAGGGAGUGCGCGGGGGCGGAGACGGUGCCGCCGCUGCUCAUCGAAGAGCUCUCAAAGCUUCCGCCCUUCAACUACUACCUCCUCUUCGCCAUCACUUGCCAUCUCAGCCUCCUGCUUGCACACUCGGAGAAGAACAAGAUGGACUUCCGCAACCUAUGCAUCUGCUUCCAGCCGUGUAUGAAGAUCGACGCCUUCUGUUUCAAGUUCCUGGUUUGUGACUGGCGCGAUUGCUGGAAGGGGUGCAAGGACGAGGCCAAGUACAUCGAAGAAGAGUACGCACGCUUCGACUCACCGCCACCUCAAGGAGCGGUUGGUGGGUUGAAGAAUGGAAGCGGCAGCGGCGAGGAGGAAGGGCCUGAAAUGCGCACCGUUUCUUCGUCAGACAGCAACAAGAGCCCGAACCGCAGCGCAACCGAGCAAAAGGGGCGGCUGAAGAAGAAGGCAGUGGCCGAGACCGAGAGUGCCGAAACAAGUUCGACAAUAUCGACGACACUUACGGUCAGCAGCGAGCGAGAGACGCCGCCGAGGAAGUCGGGCGACCUGCGGCCCCUCUCGCCCAUCAAACCGCUGUCACCGCUGAACUUUUGAGCAGGUUUUCAUUCUGCGAAGGUUUUCGUCAUAG